AUGGACGCCCCAGGCAGCAGAUUUGCUCACCUGCUACAGCCCAUUAAACAACUCACCAAAAACUGGGAAGUGGACAUUGCCUCAGAAUUAAAUGAUUAUUUGGAAGAGCUUGAUCAGAUGUGCAUCACAUUUGAUGAAGGCGAACUCGGCUUAAACUUCUCAGAGGCUGCCCUGCUGAUUCAGGGAUCUGCAUGCAUCUACAGCAAAAAGGUGGAGCUUCUACACAGCUUGGUCUACAAUACCCUUGGGUACAUCAACGAUAAAAAACAAAAAAAAAGCAAGCAGGCAGCAGAAUCUGAAGAGAACCAUGCAGAAGAAGAAAUACAAAACCAAGAGGAAGAUUAUGCUACGUUUACAGAUAUUGACAUUGAUCCUUCAAACCUAAAUGAUAACUGGGAUCCUUCUCGAGCGGUGAAUGAUGUCCCUCUUCCUCCUGAAUGCUUGAUUCCUCAAGAUAGCAGAGGGAAGCACAAACUUCCCCUUAUUAGUCUCAAAGGUGAGAUUCUGUACAGCCAGAAAGACUUCAGGCUAAUUACAUUGAUUCCUGAAAAUGGUACUAUUCUACUCACAUUGGCAUCUGAUGAGUCGAGGGGCUUGAUGGAAGAUUAUCAGCCCACUGCAGCAGAUUGUAUAGUCAACCAACCUCAACUCAGUGAAGAUUCUCCAGUUUGUCCAAAUGCUACAAGAGCAGAGGAAAAUGUAAAUGCUGUAGAAGAUGACUUUUUUCCGCUAAAUGAUGAUGGCGGCAUGGAUAUGGAGCAUGGACCAGAAGAGCACAGAGAAAGACUUCAGGCUCCACCCGAAAGCAGAUUGAUUAGAGAAAGACGACAUGUAGAAGCCAGUAAGCCAAAGGAAGUAGUGCCGCCGGCUGAAGUAAACGUGUGGCAAUUACAUGACCCCUAUGCCGCCCUGGUAGAACAAAAGCCUUUUACACCAGGCAAGUGCUACAAGGUUCCCGAAGGAUUAGAUGGAGGAAAAAGGAAAAGAAAACGUGCCUCCGUAAUGCAAGACUUUGAGACCUGGUUCAGAGGAAGUUUUGAUCCUCCAACGCACAAAUUGAAAAAUGGACCCGCUUUUAUGGACCUUAAUUACAUUUACUUAACCACAGUCAAGGACAAAUUUAAGAACAAAAAAGGAAUCUACAAAAAAGCAGGCAUAACAAUGUCUGAUGAAGAACUAAGACAAACCUUUCUGCAGCCAGAAGACCAGAGGCAAGAUGCUGCAGAUGAAGUCAAUCCUGCAGGAAUUCUAGAUGACAAUGACGACUUUGAUAAUGACCAUGAUGAGUUUCCUGAUGACAUUCCAGCUGAGUUUAUGAGUGGGCCUGACUUCAUAUCACCAGAAAAUCUAAAAGAUGACUUGAGUUAUGAACAACUCGUGAAACUGCGUGUUGAGCAACUAGUGGUCAACUCCAGAGGAUACACUCAGGAGACGGCACUAUCUCGGAAAGUCAAAGAAUGGGAAGACAAGAUCAAACCUGAACUGGCUUUGCAGGAAGAACGACUGGUUUUUAAUAUUCAUGAUUACAGUGACAGGAUUAUAAAUACAUUUGAGAAUGUUGGCCAGCACAAAAGCUUUUUUUCUAUAGUGUCUGGAUUGGACAACUUUGAAGUGUGCAAAUACUUACUGAGCUCCUUACAACUGGCAAAUGAUUAUACAGUAGAGAUUGACAGUGUGGCAGGACUGGAAGAGAGUGUAGAUUCCAUGGGACUGACUCUUCUCAGUGUUCACAGAGCCACUGAAAGGUUUAAAACAAAUUUCUCAUGA